AUGGCUACAUCGGAUCAUCAUGUCUACCUCAACCGUCUCGGGUUUCAUGACCAUGUACUGCAUCACAUCUUGGCUCUCUACGGCACCGGAGCGAGCCCUUCACUCCUCGAGAAGGCCUACGAUCUCCGAGAUCCGUUGCAACGCCCUGUCGAACCCCGUCACGACGCUGUCGUCCGUGAUCUGCUUGCCUCCUGGGAUAACGCCAUUCACUACUUAGGCAACGAAGAGCACUACCCCGACUUCCUAGCCUACUUCCAGCAGCGUAUCGACGCCCAGGGCUACGAGUUUGUCGUACAAGAGCAUCUGCUCAAGGGAGAUGCACAUGCUGAUGAUCUACUCACUCGUCUGCAUGCUGGAGUCGUGCAUCCACUGAUCCAGCUCAUGUAUGGUCUCGAGUGGAAGCAGCCCGCAAUCGUAGCCGAGGCCCUGGCACAGACCUGUGUUCACCACAUCGAAGGUCUAGACGAGCUAUAG